GGUGAGGAUAAAAUCAGUGUUGCCAUCUCUCGUGAUUUUAUCAUAAGUCUCAUGAUAUUUGGUGUUUAUUGUAAAAUCUAGCUCCCAGAAUCAUGUUGUUUUGUGGAAAUCUCAGCUUUCAUUUUUAAAAGUUUCUUGUCCUCAUGGUAGCUGUGGAAAGCAUGGAAACGUGAAGCCUAAAAUCUCAAACUUCAGAAGAUAAAUGAAAAUAACUCAAUUUUUUGUAAAAAUCAACAAGCUUAUACUGCAAUUAUUUGGGGUCUGACUCCUGAGUUUUGGAUGCUUGGAGUUGGCAGUACUGGGAGAUGGAAGAAUCAAGGCUGAUCAGCUUAAAAAACAGCAUGCCUUUGUUAAUGGUUUAAACUCCUGUCACUGCAGACCAGACUUCUAGGAGCAGAUUAAACAAACCAAUCAACCCCCUUGCAGACCAAAACUGGGGAGCUUUAUACUGACGGGAGGUGAGCUAGCUACAUAAGAAGGGACAUGCCCUGUAUUAAAUAGCUCCGUUGAGGAAAAGUUACUUCCCACGCUUUACCUACAGAGGGCAUCCCAGCUCAUUCAUAUGUAGACUCCGUGACUGCAGCUGCUGGAAGCAGCAGGGCUCAGGGUUGGUUUUUUUUUUUUUUUUUUUUUUUUUCAGUGGAAUCUUUCCCGUGAUCCGGUUGGUUUCUCUCCACGUUUUCCCGUCCAGCCCUCCACUUCUUCGGAUCAAUGGAUGUUACAGCUCUAACUCCCAUCUCACAUACUGCUGGUGGACAGCUCCAGUAACAAGUGAGAGCUUUACAUCCCCUUUUUCUUUCCCCUUCUUUUUCCCCCCACACCAACAUCUGCCAACAAGGAAGAAAAUCACAAUCUUUCCCUUUUGUAUUCUUCUGAUUUUUAAUUUUUUUUUUAUAAAUACAUAUAUAUUUUGUACUUUGCCCAGCUGUGGAAAUGGAGCAACCCCCAAUCUUUUGAUGCACCCUGGUUCGCUUUUUUUUGCAGUAUUUUUCCAUGUAUGGUUUUCCAGCAGUGGGAGCACUGUUCCCCACCUUUCCCCCUUUUCCUUGAGUUUGUUUCCUAACAUAAUCUGGAGGCUUGGCGGCUCUUGGACUGAAUAUAACUUUUUUCCCUCCACAUCCCCCAACUCCCCCUUUUGCUGAGCUUUGUCAGUGGGGACUGGAGAAAGAAAAAACAGAAGAGGAGGAGGCAGAAGGGGCUGUGUGUGUGAUUGUUGCUGGUGCUCAGGACCCAAAUCUCUGUAGGUGUGUGUUGAAAUAUGGAGAAUAGUCUUGGAUGUGUCUGGGUACCAAAGCUGGCUUUUCUACUCUUCGGAUUUUCUCUGAUCAGCCUGAAUCUUCAAGUCACCGGUUCACAAGUUAAGGGUUUUACAUCAUUGCGGUUCCUGACUGAGCCUUCAGAUGCUGUCACCAUGCGUGGAAGUAAUGUGCUGCUGAAUUGCACAGUGGAGUCAGAUCAAGGAAUUCCUGUCAUCAAGUGGAAGAAAGAUGCAGUCUUCUUAAAUCUGGCAGUGGAUGAAAGGAGACAGCAGAUGGCCAAUGGUUCCCUUUUGAUAGAAAGCAUAGUCCAUUCCAGGCACCAUAAGCCAGAUGAGGGUCUCUACCAAUGUGAGGCCUCUUUAGAAGGCAUUGGGGCUAUCAUCAGUCGGACAGCUAAAGUCACUGUAGCAGGGCCAUUGAGGUUUCUUUCCCAGACAGAAUCUGUCACAGCUUUUGCAGGAGACACAGUUUUGUUAAAGUGUGAAGUAGUUGGAGAGCCUAUGCCGAUGGUACACUGGCAAAAAAACCUGGAGGACCUGAUCCUGAGCCCGAGUGACACCCGAGUGGCUGUCUUGCCCUCUGGAGCUUUACAGAUUAGCAGAAUCCAAGCAGGAGACAGUGGGAUCUAUAGAUGCCUUGGAAAAAAUCCUGCUAGUUCAAGAACUGGAAAUGAAGCAGAAGUCAGAGUUUUGACCGAUCCAGGUUUGCACAGACAGCAAUUUUUCCUGCAGAGACCAUCAAAUGUGGUAGCCCUUGAGGGAAAAGAUGCCGUUCUUGAGUGUUGUGUUUCUGGGUUUCCCACACCCACCUUCACAUGGAUGCGAGGAGAUGAAAUUAUUCCUGUCAGAUCCAAAAAAUAUUCAUUAUUGGCUGGCAGUAACUUACUUAUUUCUAAUGUGACUGAUGACGAUUCUGGGACAUACACUUGCAUUGUCAGCUACAAGAAUGAGAACAGUAGUGCCUCUGCAGAGCUCACAGUUAUGGUUCCUCCGUGGUUUUUAAAUCACCCUUCAAACCUCUAUGCCUAUGAAAGUAUGGACAUUGAGUUUGAAUGUGCUGUCUCUGGUAAGCCUGUCCCUACCGUGGAUUGGAUCAAGAAUGGAGAAGUGGUCAUUCCUAGUGAUUAUUUUCAGAUAGUGGGUGGCAGCAACUUGCGGAUUCUGGGCCUUGUAAAGUCAGAUGAAGGUUUUUACCAGUGUGUAGCUGAAAAUGAUGCCGGGAAUGCACAGACCAGUGCACAGCUAAUCAUCCCUGAGCCGGCUAUCCCAAGUUCCAGUGUCCUCCCCUCUGCUCCCCGAGAUGUGGUCCCUGUUUUGGUCUCCAGUCGAUUUGUCCGUCUCAGUUGGCGCCCACCUGCAGAAACUAAAGGGAAUAUCCUGGCAUACACUGUCUACUUCUCCAGGGAAAGCAUCAACAGGGAACGGGCACAGAACACAACACAGUCUGAGACACUUCAGCUUACAGUGGGAAAUCUGAAACCAGAGGAGACCUACACGUUCCGAGUGGUGGCAUACAAUGAAUGGGGACCAGGAGAGAGCUCGCAAUCCAUCAAGGUUGCCACGCAGCCUGAAUUGCAAGUUCCAGGGCCAGUGGAAAACCUGCGGGCUGUAUCUACCUCACCUACCUCAGUUCUUCUUUCCUGGGAACCCCCUGCCUAUGCAAAUGGUCCAGUCCAAGGUUACAGAUUGUUCUGCACAGAGACUGCUACUGGAAAAGAACAGAAUAUAGAGGUUGAUGGACUAUCAUACAAACUGGAGGGGCUGAAAAAAUUCACGGAAUACACCUUACGAUUCCUGGCUUAUAACCGCUAUGGCCCUGGGGUAUCCACUGAAGAUCUUACUGUCAUGACGCUUUCUGAUGUACCAAGUGCAAUGCCUCAGAAUGUCUCCUUGGAAGUGGUUAAUUCAAGGAGCAUCAAAGUUAGUUGGCUACCUCCACCAUCAGGCACACAAAAUGGAUUUAUUACUGGCUAUAAAAUCCGACACAGAAAGACUGCCCGCAGGGGUGAGAUAGAAACACUGGAGCCAAACAACCUCUGGUACUUGUUCACAGGACUUGAUAAAGGAAGCCAGUACAGUUUCCAGGUAGCUGCCAUGACAGUCAAUGGGACAGGACCCUCCUCGGACUGGUAUACAGCAGAAACUCCAGAGAAUGAUCUUGAUGAAUCUCAGGUUCCUGAUCAGCCAAGCUCUCUUCAUGUCAGGCCAUUGACAACCAGUAUCGUCAUGAGUUGGACUCCACCACUGAAUCCAAACAUUGUUGUACGCGGAUACAUCAUUGGCUAUGGAGUGGGCAGCCCAUAUGCUGAGACAGUGCGAGUAGACAGCAAACAGCGCUACUAUUCCAUUGAAAACUUGGAGCCAAGUUCCCAUUAUGUAAUUUCUUUAAAAGCCUUUAACAACGUGGGUGAAGGAGUCCCUCUCUAUGAAAGUGCCACCACUAGAUCAUUGACAGAUCCCAUUGAUCCAUUAGAAGUUGAUUUUUAUCCUUUGCUUGAUGAUUUCCCUACCUCAGUCCCAGAUAUCUCCACCCCCAUGCUCCCACCAGUAGGUGUCCAGGCUGUUGCACUUACCCAUGAUGCAGUGAGAGUCAGCUGGGCAGACAACUCUGUCCCAAAGAAUCAAAAGACUACUGAGGUUCGCUUUUACACUGUCCGUUGGAGAACCAGCUAUUCUACAAGUGCUAAAUACAAGUCAGCAGAUACAACAGCUUUGAGCCAUAGUGUAAUAGGCCUUAAGCCAAACACUAUGUAUGAAUUCUCUGUCAUGGUAACAAAAGGUCGAAGGUCAAGCACGUGGAGCAUGACUGCACAUGCCACAACAUAUGAAGCAGCACCAACCUCUGCUCCCAAGGAUUUGACAGUCAUUACUCGGGAAGGGAAGCCUCGAGCUGUCAUUGUCAGCUGGCAGCCUCCAUUAGAAGCCAAUGGAAAAAUUACUGCUUAUAUUCUGUUCUACACCUUGGACAAGAAUGCUCCAAUUGAUGACUGGGUUAUGGAGUCAAUCAGUGGUGACCGACUUACUCAUCAAAUCAUGGACCUCAACCUAGAUACUGUGUAUUACUUUAGAAUCCAAGCUCGCAAUGCCAAAGGAGUGGGACCGCUCUCUGACCCUAUUCUCUUCCGGACUCUGAAAGUCGAGCACCCUGACAAAAUGGCUAAUGACCAAGGUCGUCAUGGAGAUGGGGCCUAUUGGCCAGUUGACACGAACUUGAUUGACAGAAGCAGCCUCAAUGAACCUCCCAUAGGGCAGAUGCACCCUCCACACGGCAGUGUAACGCCUCAGAAGAACAGCAACCUUCUAGUAAUCAUUGUGGUCACCGUUGGGGUCAUUACAGUGGUGGUGGUGGUGAUCGUGGCUGUGAUCUGCACCAGGCGUUCUUCAGCACAACAGAGGAAAAAGCGUGCUACCCAUAGUGCUGGUAAAAGGAAGGGCAGCCAGAAAGACUUGAGGCCCCCAGACCUCUGGAUACACCAUGAAGAGAUGGAGAUGAAGAAUAUUGAAAAGCCGUCAGGUUCUGACCCCUCAGGAAGAGACUCGCCGAUGCAGAGCUGUCAAGACAUCACACCAGUCAGCCACAGCCAGUCUGAAACUCAGCUGGGCAGCAAGAGUGCCUCACAGUCUGGUCCUGACACGGAGGAUGUGGGAAGUAGCAUGUCCACAUUAGAGCGCUCGCUUGCUGCCCGCAGAGCCACUCGUGCCAAGCUCAUGAUUCCGAUGGAUUCACAACCAAACAACCCUCCUGUUGUCAGUGCCAUCCCAGUGCCAACACUAGAAAGUGCCCAGUACCCAGGAAUUCUGCCAUCGCCAACAUGUGGAUAUCCACACCCGCAGUUCACCCUCCGGCCUGUGCCAUUCCCAACACUCUCUGUUGACCGAACCUUUGGAACAGGAAGAACGGUGAGUGAAGGGCCAGUCCCACAACAGCCAUCCAUGCUGCCACAGACACAGCCUGAACAUGCCAGCAAUGAGGACGCCCCAAGCAGAACGAUUCCCACAGCCUGUGUCCGGCCUACGCACCCUCUCCGCAGCUUUGCCAACCCCUUGCUACCUCCACCAAUGAGUGCAAUAGAACCGAAAGUCCCUUAUACACCACUUUUGUCUCAAACAGGGCCUAAUCUUCCCAAGGCUCAGGUUAAAACAGCAUCACUUGGAUUAGCUGGAAAAGCACGAUCCCCUCUGCUUCCAGUCUCGGUGCCAACAGCCCCAGAAGUGUCAGAAGAGGGCCACAAACAGACAGAGGAUCCAGCUAACGUAUAUGAACAGGAUGAUCUGAGUGAACAAAUGGCCAGUUUGGAGGGGUUAAUGAAGCAACUUAACGCUAUUACAGGCUCAGCCUUCUAACAGCUGUUGAUGAAUAGAUAAAUUGUAUUAUCCAGGAACAUUGCAGCAUACAAGUACUUCAUAUAUGCCACACACAUACACAACCCCAUAAAACCACCCUUUCUGCAGUACCACUCAUUCAACGUAAGGAAGAGUCUUGAUGCGUCCUAAAAAAUAAAUAACAAAAAAUAUGUUACAUUACCAUAGAUCAAGCAUCUAAAGCAAUUAAAGUGCAGCCCUUGCAAAUAAGUGAAACAACUACAGCAGAGACCAAGGUGAUGCCACUUGAUUGCUCAUUUUGAUCUGUUAGCCUUUGUAAUACUUGAGGUGUCAUGACUAUCUCACAUUUUACUUAAUAGAGGUGUAUAGUUCUUGGUGAAAAUCUAGUUUUACGUCAUUCAAAUGUAUUUUUAAACAUAUACCACGCCAUAAUUUGUCAGGGUGGAAGUUCACUCUUUGGGGUUUUUUUGUUUUUUAUAUACUUUUUUUACAUGAAAGCACCUGUAACAAAUAAUCACGACACAGCACCAAAGGAUUGGAAGUGUUACCAACAGCACAAAACCAGACAAAUAACUCCCAUUUCUUUUGUAAUUUCAAUCACUCAUCUUGCACAAGCGGUGUGCAUUAGCGAGUUGCUGUAAAAUCCACCCAUUUUUGCAAGUAUUUGGAAAUCCUCCCAUAUGUAACAUUUUAUAUCUGGCUACAGAGAACGGGAACAUAAAAAAACCUGCAUUGGUGGCUCGCUGCCAGCUGCCGUAUGCUUACAAAAAGAAGAUAUGGUAUGCAAUCUUCUCUGACACACACUAAUGAUGUGCUUAAACUUGGAAUAGAACACUUCUAAAUAUGGGUGGCCUUUGUGCCAGACUGCACUGUGAUGACAUUUGAAAGCUCCUCCAGGGCCACCUUUCACAGCAGCAAAGAGGAAAACGGGGUGAAGUUCCUCCCAUCCUUUCUCUACUGCUCCACCUCUUGUUUGAGACUGCUCGGUUCCAUUAACUCUGUGAUUCAGUCACCAAUGGCUUCUCCUUAACUCAGUGAAGGCUGCAGAAAUUGGAAAGCAACCCUCAGUCAGGCACAGUGAAAGAUAAGACUUAUCGGUUAACAGUGAUGGACACAUCACAGUUUUUACAGACAAGCAACAAAUCCAAGAAAAUGAAUUCAGAAACUGUGUUGCAUAAUUGGGAAACAAAUUACAGGUGCUUGAUUGCAGUAGAAUAUUCCUUGUUCAGUCAUAGUUAAAAAACAACCAACCAAUCACAAUUUAGCAUCAGGACACUGCUGUAAACUUAGAGGAACCCUUUCAGUGUUUUCCUCCCUCUUCUAGUAGUCUAGCUUCAUAUUACAGCGUUUAUUGAUAACUAUAACUGUUUGAAUUGACUAAAUUUUGUGAGCAUACUUUUUAUUGCUGAAUUUUCAGCUGCAUUCAGAGUUAAUCCCUGUUUAUGCAGCUGAAUCACCAAAAGGGAACUAAUUUGCAUAUUUAUCAGUUAGGAGGCUGCAAAACCCAAUAAGAGAGUUUCAGAUGAAUUACUCCAUUCAGUUCUGCCUUUGAUUUCAAGCUUGAGUAGGUCAUAAUUUUAAAAGAGCAUGGAAAGGCCGGGAUCUUUACAACCUAAUAGUUCCUUUUAUUAGGUGGGUAAUUAUAUGUGAAUCCCUGAAUAAAAUAUUUGGCGUAAAAUGGCACUGUAACAGAAGUAAUAAUUCAGAUUAUUUUCUACAGUCAUGUAUUGGAGAGGAAAUCAGAUGUGAAGGAUGGAAUUCAAAUGCUUCAUUAGGAACUCUAGUGUGUUUGUGAAAAUGUUCCUUACCAAAAUAUAUUUUUAUUCAAUUGACUAAGAUUUUAGUCAGAUAUUUCCUAAGAGUUAAGAAGGUGAGAGGUUGAGUUUUUAUGUUCUGUUAGAUUUGUAACUAAGAACUUCCACUGAAAACAAAGCAAGCAAAUCUGUCAUGAUGACAACCAAAUUCAUAGCUUUGGUAUUGGAUCCCAUGAUGUUCAGCCUACUACCUUGUUUCUGCAAGGCAGGUUUCAAUACAGCUUCUGAAAAAGAGCCUCUUCCCUUCUAGCAGAGAUUGUCAAUUAUUUUGAAAUGGGACCAUAGGGCCAAAUUCUGUACUCCCUUACUCUGGAAAACAGUAUCUGACUCAUAGGACUUUAACAAGGGGCUUUUAAUCAUAGAACAUUAACCCAAAACUGAAUAUAUCCAUGGUACAAAAUUAUCUAAAAUAUGUGACGGGUGAACCUCAAAAGUUUUGACAGCUGGAUUUUGUUUGGAUAAGCAUCCUAAUAUUCAGAUGCUUAUUUGAACAUUGGUUAUGGUGUUGGCUGUCCUGUGACAUGGAUUAUCAUAUUCAUUUUGUGAAUGUGCAACUCCCACUGAUUUAAAUGUUAGACCCUUGUAUGUCUGCAAAAUUGGUCUGGAUUUCUCUUGAGGACAGCCUUUCUUGUGAAUUCUAAAGCAUUUCCAUCUCUAAAUUCAGCCAGAAACUGGAAAUUGAAAAAGAAAUGCAAAAUUUCAGAACCUGAAGAAGAUUCAGAACAAGUUUGGUUUUAGAUAUCUGUGAGUCUUCAGGAAGAGGAGAUUCUUAAAUUUUACAUAGUAAUUCAGUCAUCCCUAGUUUGUGAGCAUUUGCAGUCAUACCUGAAAAUAUAAAGUUAAGUAGCUAUUUAUUUAAUAAUCCUACUCAGAGUCUCUGGACUUCCUCUGAUAAAGUUUCUGAAGGGCAUUAUUGCCCAGAGAUCCUUCAUUUUUCCUGUAGACAAGUUUAUUUUCAGUUAGCUUGAUAUAAGUCACAGGGCUACAGCUUCUUUUCUAGUUAUCAAGUGAAAUCUUAAAGGAGACUUAUGUGCAAAACCUAAACUGUAUAAACUGGAUUGGCAAGAGGAACAAAUGGAGGUAAUCUACAAUGUUCAUAGCUUAGUACUUGUCUAGAGUAUUUGGAAAAUGGAGAAAUUAAAAAUUAAUCGAAAAACUCGGUUACUUUUUAUGUGAAAUAUGUAUUCAAUAGGCACAGUUCUACUUUUCCUGGCAAAUUUUAAACUCAACUUGCAGCAGAAGCAUCUUACUAACUAGAAUGAAAGGUUUUAGCAUUUCUUGGUAUUAGCUAAUAGAAUGAGCUGUUCUUUCCCAUAGUUUAUUUAUAGGAUAGAGAACACAGGAAUUUAUUUUAGCUCAGAUUUUGUCCCCAGUCCUGCAAAGUUGUAUUGACUUAGAUGAGACAACUCACUUCCGUAAAGUUAAACAGACGGGUUUGAAGGACUGACGCCCAUAUUAGGACUUCAAAGAUAUUGACCUUCUACAUAAACAUCCAAACAUGGGAGACUCACAUGAGUGUAACGGCACAGAACCUUUAAAGGCAUAUUUUGAUAGUGCUACGUUUGCAGUGAAUUCAGCUGUAAAAUUUAUUUCAGUUUUGACUGAUUCCUAAGCUUUCAGAAUAUUUAAAAUGAAAAAUUAUUGACACUGAAUCAUUCUCUACCACAAACACCCUCGUAAAUGUAAAGAAAGAUAAAUCAACUUGUAAUGAAUUUGUAAAGCUGCCAUGGGGAAGUAGCUAGCUAUUCACACCUAGGAAUGGUUUCCUUGGCUGCCAUUACAGGUAGCAGAUAGACUUUGCAGUCAAGACUUCUGCAGCUGUAUAUCUUGUAUCAUAUUCAUUUUUUGAGAAAGACCUCACAGAUGGAAUACUGCCAAGAACUUCUUUGUUUAAGAGUCCUCUAGCUUGAGAACUUGGCUGUCAAAGUUAGUCUGGUGAUGGUUGGCUUUUUUUUUUUUUUUUUUUUGGAAGGCUUAGUUCAGGAAACCAUCCAAACAUUUAGUUACUUAUCUAAGGCCAUUUAUCCUUUUGGUUGGUAAACUAGCAGAAAAAUUGGUAUACUCCCAUAUGAUCUCCAUUACUUCAUGGUUUGGGCUGGAUAAUACUGCAAAAGCUGCCCAAACCAUGGUGUAUGGGAAUUUCUGCUUCCUGACCAGAAGAAGCUAUGAAUUGCAAAGUAUCGCAAACUGAAAUCAUUGUGGCUCCAUAUGAGUACAGCAGCCACCCAGGUGAUUCAGAUUGCAGUCUCAAAGGCCUAAUUUACCUUUUUGGAGUUUCAAAAUAAUGUUACCAAUAGUUCAGGAGUUAUUACUCAUUUUCUCCAAACCAGUUAGCCCACCCCUAGUUGUGAACACAAUUCCCAGGUUAGUCUCACAACUUUGUAUUGUUUAACAAAUGAAAUCUGAAAAUCACCCCACUAAUAUACAAAUAUACCACAAACAUAAAUAGCACCACUCUGAUCCACUGAAGGAAAAACUCCAUUAACUUAAAUGGAAGAAGUAUGAUGGCCAAGGUAUUUGUACAUUCAAAGUUUGCCCUAAGAAUUUUUUUAACAUGAAGAGCAAAAUCAUAAUUUACUAAUUCCACAUCCUUAUUGUAAGAGUGGUUUUGUGAACUGUUGUGUUGAUAAAAGGCCUUGUCCUGCUCAGCACUGAAGUGAAUGGGAGCUUUGUCAUCGAGUUUGGUGGGAGCUGGUGAGUUUUAUAUUGUGUUAUAAAAAUGUCCUCUCUUAAAUGCAAUAUUAUUCUCAAGUCUGAUUUUCCACAGUGUUACUCCAGUUAUACACUAAUGCAGAUUCACUGCAAUCAACAGAAUUGAAUCAACAAAAACUAGAGUAACACACUUGAGAACCAAGGCAUCAGUUGUGAUACUUUAGAAAAUCAUGUCUCUUACUGUAUCAAGACUCAACCUCAUAAUGAAAUGAUUAUUUCCAUUAGAACAUUCUGAUCCUGUUUCCAAUAGCCCCUUAUCCCUUGUUAUUUGACAGCCAAAUAUCUUCAUUGAAUCCUUUAAUUGGCAUGCCAAAUCUAUAUUUUAUUAAAAAUGGCUAGGCCCCAAUCUUGCAAACUUAGGGUUGCCAGUUUUGGUUGGAUGUAUUCCUGGAGGUUUCAUCACAUGACAUAAUCUUUAAUUAAAGAUAAAUCUUCGAUUCCUGGAGACUCCAGGACAAUCCUGGAGAAUUGGCAACCUCAUGCAAACACUUGUGCAUAUGGGUAACUUACUGCUGAGCCUACUCACAGUAAUAAAGUUAAGCACAUGCAUAUGUGUUUUCAGAGUCAGGGUGUUAAACAUUAUUGAAUCUAUAUAUAAGCAUGUAAAAAUAUGGAAAAUAAAAAUAUUUCAGGUCACAAACAUACACAUUGUACAGUGUAAAUAAGUAACAUAAAGGGUGGAUAAGAUGAAAAGCAUUCAGUAUUCUGUCAGAAAUGGAAGCACUGGAAACUGGAUAAAGGAAGCUGAUUAUUAGCAAAGCCACAAACUACUGAAAGUGAUCAGAGAUUAUUUUUCUUAUCUGUUUGACUUGUCUCUCUGUUGGCCAGCAAGUGUCCUGGCUGAUUUCAAGUUGAAUUUGCUCAGUCUUUCUUUUUAGAUCUCAGCAGACAGCAUUUUAAGCAUCUUCAUUCUGACCUUUUUUGAUUGGAAAGAAACAAUAACAAUACAGUACAUCUGUCAUAAAGCGGCACAGGCCAGAGUCUCUCACUGUAUGCUGUACUCGUAUUUUGAAGUGCAAGAAAGCAAUGUUGGUAGAAGAAGGGAAAACUGCUGUUUUUAUUAUUGUAAAAUAUACCUGGCAAUUCCUACAUUUUUGAAUUGUCACCAUGUGUAGGAUGGGAGGGUUGGGGGGAAGGGUGUACUUUUUAUAAGUAAUAUUUAAUUUAUUAUUUAGAGUGUUUUCUUUUGGAUAAUUUAUGAUAAAAGGGAGAUCUGGUUGGAAACCUAGAGUUGGCUGUUAAAGCUGCUGUGUCCCAUGUCUCAGUGUGUUGUGUUUUGAAACUAUAUUAUUCAGACCUAACUAUAAGAGUACUCAAGAGUAACUGGCAAAGAUAUCUUGCUAAAUAUUCACUGGUAUCUGCCACUGAGGUCACACAAAAGAUGGUGACUGUGAAACAGUGACAUAAACUGUUAAUUAAUCGUUAAAACGUUAAGGAAAACAGUGCUCUCUCUUCAUUUAAAGGGCUUUGCAAGGUAAUUCAAACAAAUUGUUAGCCUACUAGUGAUACCUUAAUCUGGUCGAAAUGGGUUACACUACAGCUUUAACUAGCCUUAGUUUAAAAAAAAAUCUUGUUGUUACAAAAGGCCUAAAAAUGGCAUUUUGAGCCUAUAAACAGUUUCUUUAAAUUGUCAAAUUCUAGCAUUGUUAACCAAAUUAGACUAGUGACUGCAAUAUUUAAGUGUAAAUCUUGUUCUAUGCGAAAGGAAACUUGCUUACGAUGUAAAAAUAAAUGACUGUUUCUACACACACUCUUGUAUACUACUACAUGAAGAAAAAGGGGGUUUUGUAAUGCACUGUAGAACAGUCUCAUAUUCAUUUUUAUAGAAAUGUUAUUCCAAUGGUGCAUUUUUUUGUUUAAUAAAUAAAGUUUUGAUACAAACGUC